UGGGCGCGAGGACGCUGCGGGAGCGCGCACGCUGACAUUCCGAGUGACUGAGUGGCUGGAAGGGCUUAGACGGACCGAGAGCGGGAGACGAUGCAGAUCACGCUGAAGACCCUCCAGCAGCAAACCUUCCGCAUAGACAUCGACUCCGAGCAGACGGUAAAGGCACUGAAGGAAAAGAUUGAAGCUGAGAAGGGAAGUGAUGCUUUUCCAGCUGCUGGGCAAAAGCUAAUAUAUGCAGGUAAAAUCCUCAACGAUGACACGCAACUUAAAGAUUACAAAAUUGAUGAGAAGAACUUUGUAGUGGUUAUGGUAACAAAGCCAAAAGCAGCUCCUGCGCCUGCACAACAAACAACACAGCCUGCUCCAGUGCCUGCUUCAGCGAGUACCACAGCAGCUGCGUCCACCUCAACUGCGACUCCAGCUUCAACUGUGACUCCAGCUUCAACUGCAGUUCCAAGCUUAAUUGCAGAUUCAAUUUCACCUUCAAGUCAAACUUCCACCUCUAACCCUACUCCAACCUCAGGUGCCACUUCCCUUGCCCCUGCCUCACCACCAGCUAUAGUUCCAACAUCAGAUUCUUCUAGUACAGUCACAGAGGAAAAGCCAAAGGAAGAAGAAACUAAAGAAGAAACCAGUGCCGUUUCUGAAGCACUUAACCCAAGAUCUGUGGCUGAAGAAAUUGACUUGAAUCUGGUGGAAACAGCCUCCUCUACAUUAGUUACAGGACAGGCUUAUGAAAACUUGGUGGCUGAGAUCAUGUCAAUGGGUUACGAACGGGAGCAGGUUCUUGCAGCACUACGGGCAAGCUUCAAUAACCCAGACAGAGCUGUGGAAUAUCUUCUGACGGGAAUCCCGGCAGAACCGGAAGUUCCAGAAGAGCCACAACCUCGAGUCACAACACAACCGCCAUCACAGCCGGCAUCACAGUCUGCACCAAGCAGUAACCCACUGGAAUUUCUGCGAACUCAACCCCAGUUUCAGCAGAUGCGUCAGAUAAUACAACAGAACCCGGCACUACUUCCGGCCCUUCUCCAGCAGCUCGGUAGAGACAACCCAACACUGUUACAACAAAUAACUCAGCACCAGGAGCAAUUUGUUCAGAUGCUGAAUGAUCCUUUGGGAGAGGCUGGAAGUGAGGGGGCAGAAGGUCACGGGUCACCACACACUAACUACAUCCAGGUUACACCCCAGGAGAAGGAAGCAAUAGAAAGGUUAAAGGCGCUGGGUUUCCCUGAGGGCCUUGUCAUUCAGGCCUACUUCGCUUGUGAGAAGAAUGAAAACCUCGCCGCAAACUUCCUUCUCCAGCAGAAUUUUGAUGAUGAAUGAUUUUUUUUCUCCCUCCUCUUUCUCUCCUUACCUUUCCCACCACCACCCCAUUUCUCCUUCUCAUGCUUCUUUCCAGAAUCCAGCUCACUUUCUGUAUCUGCAGUGGGUGGUUUUUGGUGAGGCCAGGCCUAGUGUGUAUUACCUGGCCGUAUCAACAUUGUGAAGUGCAGCACUGGAAAGCACAUAUUUAAACAAAUCAGAUACAGUAUCCCUUUAGUCAGUCUAUACUCGGUGACUUUUGACAGCUCAUUAAGACUAGCCAGUGUUGGCGGGUUGUUUGGGGGGGGGGGGGGGUGCAGGGGCUGAUACGGCCUGUAUUCACAAAAGUUUAUGCAGUACAUGCGCCAAAAAGUCCCUAGCCCCUGAAUUUUAGAUAUAACACUUUUUUGCAUUUGUGCCUUUUGUGAAUAUGGGCCUGAACCUGUGUGGAAGAGACUGAAGGUCAAAGUGCUUCUGCAGCAUAAUGUUUCAAACUUGCCUACAAUCAGAAUUUUCAGUAGAUUUUUUUCCUUGUAUGUUUGUGUCGAGCGGGGCUGGUAUGGACAGAAAUAUACAAUCAUUAAGUAGUAGACAUGAGAUUGCCAUUCUGGAAUGAAGCUGGCCACUGUUGUGAUGCCUAAUAAGAUAUUGCCUGGUUUAUGUCUGCCAACUACUGGAAAUGCAAACAUACCCAUCGUAAGGCAGCAUUUUUAAAAAAAAAUAUUAAAAAUGCAAAAGUUUCCCACAUUUGAAAACUGCUGUAUUUAAAAAGCAACCUGUCUUGCAUUGCUGUUUAGAAAGUGUGUGUUGCGGUCUGUAUCUUUAUUAAAAAAAAAUGAAGCACGGUAUUAAACAGCAGCUUGCAAUCACUGCAAGAAUCCCUAGCUUGUCUGAGUAAGUAGCAACAGUUUAAGUUUUAGAGCUCACUCUCAUACUGCACAUAGCUGUUUCUUAAUGUUAAACUACUUUGUGGAAUUAAUAUUCUUAAUAGCACUAACUGGCCCCAGUUUAGUGAGUCAAAUAGAUAAUCUAAAGAUUUGACCAAGGGCAACACAUCAAAAUGAUUCCAUAGCAAUAGGCAUGGAAGGGCGAUCAGAACAACUUUGCAACAUUGAUGCACCCCACACACUAUUGAAUGCAGCAGAUUCAUGUUCAUUUAAAUUUGGUCGGGGUUGGGAUGUUAGGUGGUGAGGAAGAAAGAGCAUAGCUGUCUCCAGGACAGGUUAUAGAAAAUGAUUAUGUACCUGUCCUGAAUGCAGGAGUUGAGUAACACUUUUUGAGGUGCAUAUGUUGGUUGGUUAUUUUCAUGAUGUGCUGAAGCAUCUUUGUAAAUCACAAUGAAGUGUCAUUUCUGAAUGGAUAAGGAGGGGAUUAGUCAUAAGUUGAUCGAGGGGGUGAUUUUUUUCCUAGGGUCCCAGUGGUGCUUGUCAUGAUUUUUGCUUUGCUUCAGUUCUCUCAGAUGAGAGGUGACUAUUUAUAGUUAAAGGGCUGAAAUAAUUGUUCCAUCGCUGAUUCAAUGCCGAAAGGCAUUAUCAGGAAAAUGGCUUUGAUCAUUGAGACACACAACAGAAGUGGAAAUCUGUCUCUUGUAAUAAAUUCCAGUUUGCAUCAAUUGAUACUUAAAAGAUUAACUUUGAGGUGUUUCUCUCUGUGCUGAACCAUUGCUCUGUUAAUGGGCUGUCCUAAACAGUUACCACUAUUUGCAAUUUCUCUUCUACCUGUAAUCCAGUUACCUGCAUAUUUUCCCUCUGAACUCAGUAGCUGUAUGUGAACAUUUAUCAUUGGAAUCUUAACGCCAUUACUUUCUGCAGAGUUUCGCGAGGCACAGUUGAGCUGAUUCAAUUAUGUUUGAACAAUAUUGACUGGGUUUACUUGCCUGAGAUAAAUUAAUAUCUUUGUCUCACCUAGUAGGCAGAUAGCUGAAACCUUAGUUUCUCUGAAGUUACCUGACUGAUGCCUUGGGAAUCAUAAAUGGAACCCUAACUUUUUUGACCACUGAAGUUGAUUUUAUUUUGUAUAUAAUCUGUCAAACAUUUUAAAAAAUGUUCCAUAAGUUUCAUCUUUGACACCUUGAAUUGUUCCCAUGAAUAGUCUGACGAGAAGUGAUACUGUCUAAUUUUUUUAAAAGGAGCAAAAAAAAAAUUACCGCUUAUGGGUUAUCGAGAAAUACGUUCAAAUGCAAGCUUUUGACAAUAACCUCCCAUCAUUGGCAGUUUAAAAUGGCAAAAAAGCUUUUAUUGUUCACCAAGUGGAUAUUAUGUGAGUUUUUAAUUUAAGCCUUCUGCUAUCUUAUGGUUAGCUUUCUGAAGGGACUUGAAGUCACUAAUCAAAUCUGUCAUUUACAAACUUUCUAACAACUGAAAACUGUUCAGAAUGUAUACAGGAUGCACUUUACCUUUCAAGGAUAUAAGCUAACAAUGAGAUCCUGAAAACCCCUUUAGUCUAUUUAUCCUUUGUAAGUCCACGUUUAGCAUCCAAGCUCAUUAUUUUCAUCCCCUUCCUUUUCUUAGUGCCAAGCUUUUACUCCUCUAUGAUUUGGAAUCUGCUCAUGCUUGAGCCAAACUUGAUAAUCUGUACCAUAACUUACCUGUUGAAGUGACCCACUCUGAAACCACCUGGCUUAAGAAUGAACUAGUUUGAAAUCCAUUCAAUUGUUACCUUCUAAUUGUUUCAGUUUUCAAGCAAUUUAGCCCAGGAAUGUGGUUUGCUUGGGGGCUAGUCAGCAAAAUUUGUGACCAAAGAGUGUGUGCAGCCCAGAGUGUUGGAAUAAAAUGAAGAGUAGGGUGGGGGGAAAGGUAGUUGAGGAGGAGGAGAAGAGAGUAGUUAUUAGUAGUCGGGCUCAGUGCUUAAUUUAAUGGGACAUUAAACCCCUCUGUUCUGCAAUUUUGCUGUUUAUGCCAUAAUGUAGAAGGGAUUGGAAAGGGUCAGCACUAAGUUGAUUUUUCUUUUGUUAUUUUCCUGCUGGGUUUAUUUUGUGCCUGCUGAUGAUUUGGAGUAGUGGGCGGAGUGGUGUGGUGAGGCUGGAUGUUGAAAUGGUAGGUUGUUCAUUCUCAACUCAACAGGUGAACAGUAACUAACGAUGGUUGCUGGUUACAGCCUUCCCUACCCAACCUUUCCCAAAAUGCCAUUGCUGACUAAGAUAGAUCCAGGAACACUAGAAUUGAAUAACGCAAAGCCCAGUACAAUACAGCUCAGUGCUGUUCGUUUUAAAGGCUUUGCAAACUUCUCUGUAUAUCAGUACAAAACCAGAAGCUUGUCUCUGAAAGACAAUUGGAAAUGCAGCAUAUAUUCAGUACUGGUGCUGUUUACCCCCUUUUUUCUAGCCUGCAACCCCCACCCCACUGUCCAAUAGUCUGAUGGUACAGACCUUAUUAGUCCACAUUUGCUGAGGCACAAGGGCACAUUGCUGUGCUUGCUGCUUGUCUCAUUCCCCUCCUUCAACUCUACAGAGUUAUUUUUUUCCAAGAAAAGCUAACCUGCUGGAGAGCAACACAGCCCAAGACUUGAAUGGGGUGCAUUCGGUCUAUUGCUCAGACCCCUCUGCUGAUCAGUUGUUUCAUUUAUAUUGUUCUCAUUCUGAUGUUGGAUUGAUUCACUGGACCAGUAUGCAACCACAAUUCACAUUUUUACACCAGUGAUCUUUGCAGUUGACCUCUUAACUACAGCCUAUGAUUCAGUUUGCCCUUUUAAUACUUUCUUGAGUCAGAAAGAAUUAUAAACCCCAGUCUUGCAUCAGGUACCUUUGACAUUAGAGCUGAUUUGCUGAAUGUUCCUGGGAUUCACAAUGUUUCAGUGUUAACUACAAUAAAGGCUUUUUACAAAGCUUUA